CCUUGAUAGGUCGACCCUCCCGCACCCCCCGCGCCACGUCCCACUUUUAUUGCGCUCGCCCGGCGUCAAUCUCCUCCGCAAAACCCUCCCCCGAGAUAUGAAAUAGAGCGGCCGGCUGCGUGGAUCCCGCACUAGUCGCACAGACGGCAUCCGCUCCGUUCAAAGCCCGAGUGCGUCUCUGCUGCGGUGCGGUGCGGUGCGGUGCGUUGCGGUGCGGUGCGGUGCGCGCAGGCUGGAGAGCGAUGACAAGAGCCCCGUGGAGCUGGCCAGGCAAACAUGGAUCUCCGUAGAACGCUGGUUUCGGUGCUUUGGAUAUUACUGCGCCUCGUGGACGACUCUCACCCCGAAGAAGUGGUUCUACUGAAUUCAAAGGAGACUCAGGCAGAGUUGGGCUGGACGUCAUUUCCCCCUAAUGGAUGGGAGGAGAUUAGUGGCGUAGAUGAGAAGUACAAGCCCAUCCGGACGUACCAGGUGUGCAACGUGAUGGAGCCCACCCAGCAGAACAACUGGCUGCAGACGGGCUGGGUGGCGCGGCGCGGGGGCCAGCGCAUCUUCGUGGAGCUCCAGUUCACGCUGCGCGACUGCAACAGCAUCCCGGGCGUGGCCGGAACCUGCAAGGAGACCUUCAACCUCCUCUACGUGGAGACGGACCGCGACCUCGGCGGCGUGACCCGAGAGGACCGCUACACCAAGAUCGACACCAUUGCCGCCGACGAGAGCUUCACGCAGGGCGACUUGGGCGAGAGGAAGAUGAAGCUAAACACAGAGGUGCGUGAGAUCGGCCACCUGAACCGUAAAGGCUUCCACCUGGCGUUUCAGGACGUGGGCGCCUGCGUGGCGCUGGUGGCCGUGCGGGUCUACUACAAGCGCUGCCUGGCCACCGUCCAGAACCUUGCCAUCUUCCCGGACACGGUGGCGGAGGCGGCCUUCUCCACGCUGGUGGAAGUGCGCGGCACCUGCGUCAACAACUCCGAAGUGGACACGGACAGCCCUCCCAGGAUGCACUGCAGCGCCGAAGGGGAGUGGCUGGUCCCCAUUGGGAAGUGCAGCUGCAGCGCCGGCUACGAGGAGGGACACAGCAGCUGUGAAGCGUGUCCCCCUGGAUCCUACAAGAUGUCCUCCAGGCAGCAGGAGUGCUUCCCCUGCCCGGCCCACAGCGUUGCCGAGGACGACGGCUCCGUGGCGUGCGUGUGCGAGGAGGACCACUUCAGGACCCCGCUGGACACGCCGUCAGCGCCGUGCACACGGCCUCCAUCCCCACCCAGAGACCUGGUCUGCACCCUGAAGCAGUCCACGCUGAUCCUGGAGUGGGCGGCGCCGGCCGACACCGGGGGCCGCGCGGACCUGACCUACAGCGUGGGCUGCCGGCGCUGCACGCGGAGGCAGUGCGAGCCGUGCGGGGCCAGCGUGGGCUUCGUGCCGCAGCAGGCGGGCCUGACGGAGCGCACGGUCACCGUGGUCAACCUGCUCCCCAACACCAACUACACCUUCACCGUGGAGGCCUUGAACGGGGUGUCGGAGCUGCUGCCCAGCAAGCGGUUCUACACGCAGGUCAACGUGUCCACCAGCGUUCCCGCUCCAUCUCUGAUCAGUGAGCUGCGAGCGGAGAAGAUCGAGCACAAGAGUGUAACCUUGGUGUGGAGGGAGCCGUCCUACCCGAACAGCAGCCGCACUCAAUAUGAGGUCAAGUACUACGAAAAGGAACAAAAGGAUCAGAGUUAUUCCACUGUGAAAACCGCCGCCACGCGGAUCAGUGUCAACAACCUGAAGCCCGGCACCACAUACGUCUUCCUCAUCCGGCCUUUCAGCACGCCGGCGCCCUCCUCCUCCCUGUCCUCCUCCUCGCUCUCGUCCUCGGCCUCCUCCUCCUCCUCCUCCGUUUCCACCUCCUCCUCGUCCUCCUCGUCCUCCGCCUCCUCUCCUCCCAUCGACUACGGGGCGUACAGCGCCCCCCUGGAGCUGCAGACCCUCGGCGAGUUGGCUCUCGCGUCCAGUGAGCAGAAUCCGGUGGUGAUCAUCGUGGUCGUGUCCGUGGCUGCUCUCAUCAUGCUGCUCUCGAUGGGAGUCGGGCUUCUCAUCUGGAGGAGCGUCUGCUCGAGCUCCUCCAAUGUAACUCCUGCUAACGUGGUGCUGCUCUCGACCUCCUUCUCCACUCUUCCUCCUCCUCCUCCUCUCCUCUCUCCUCUUCCUCCCUUCACACAGCUGAUGCCCAGACAAUGCGGCUACAGCAAAGCGUCGCAAGAAGGAGACGAGGAGCUUUACUUCCAGUUUAAGAUCCCGACGCGGAGGACCUAUAUCGACCCAGAAACCUGCGAGGACCUGCUGCAGGCCGUGCACACCUUUGCCAAGGAACUGGACAACCUGAGCAUCAAGAUCGAGAGAAUUGUGCACACAGGCGACUUUGGCGAGGUGUGUCGCGGUUGCUUGAAGCUGCCCAGUAAGAGAGAGCUGCCGGUGGCCAUAAAGACAUUAAGGGCCGGCUGCUCUGACAAACAGCGGCGUUCGUUCCUCAGCGAGGCAGGAAUCCUGGGGCAGUUUGACCACUCCAACAUCAUCCGUCUGGAGGGUGUCAUCACCACGGGUAACACCAUGAUGAUCAUAAUGGAGAGCAUGUCUAACGGCUCCUUGGAUUCCUUCCUUCGGAAACACGAAGGCCAGCUGAGCGUCAUGCAGCUGAUCGACAUGCUGGCCGGCGUGGCGUCGGGCAUGAAGUACCUCACCGAAAUGGGCUUCGUUCACAAGCGGCUGGCGGCGCACAAGGUGCUGGUUAACGCCAACCUGGGCUGCAAGGUGUCCGGCUUCAGGCCACUCCAGGAGGACAAGAUCGAGGCCAUCUACACCACACUGCACGGAGGGAAGAGCGUGGUGCUGUGGACCGCUCCCGAGGCCAUCCAGUACCACCGCUUCUCCUCCGCCUCGGACGUCUGGAGCUUCGGUAUCGUCAUGUGGGAGGUCAUGUCCUAUGGAGAACGGCCCUACUGGGACAUGGGCAACCAGGAUGUGAUAAAGGCCAUCGAGGACGGGUUCAGGCUGCCGGCGCCGGUUAACUGUCCUCCACAUCUCCAUCAGCUGAUGCUCGACUGUUGGCAGAAGGAGCGAGCGGAGAGGCCCAGCUUCAGCCAAAUCCACUCGGCCCUCAGCAAGAGCAUUCGCUCCCCCGACGGCAUCGGCUCCUCCACGUUGGCGCGCAGAACCCUCAGCUCAUCCAUUGCACUGGCAGAGAGGCCGAUGCCGUCCUUCCCGGCCUUCAACUCGGUGGGGGAGUGGCUGGACGCCGUGGACAUGGGCCGAUACAAGGACAAUUUCACCGCUGCAGGAUACUGCUACCUGGAGUCUGUGGCUCGAAUGACUGUACAAGAUGUGUUGAGCCUCGGCAUCACCUCCCUGGAGCAUCAGAAGCUGAUCCUGGCUGCCAUCCAGACCCUUAGAGCCCAGGUGAUCCAAAUGCACGGCCGUGGUGUGCAGGUCUAACGCUGCUGUCUGCUCUCACGCUGCUGCUGCUGCAGCCCCACAGCCUCGCUUUGUGCCUGUGGACGGUGGGGUGAGAAGUGAAGGAGGAGCCUUCCUGACUAAGGGAAGAAGGGCACACGUUCCAGCAAGCUGCCCUCCUCUGUUUCCUCCUGCUUCCCAUACUUCCUCAUGCCUUCCUUGAUUCCUUCCUUCCUUUUUUCUACGAAAACACCCCUCAGAGAUGAGCCGUGUUCCACACACAAUUAGAGGAUAGCAGAGGAGUGGUGUCACGUGACCUUUGUGACCUCUAACUGCACUUUGACCUUCAUGUUGCUGGGGACGGAUCAGUGCUCUUAGAGAAAAGGAAAACUCUUGGUUGGAGGACGGGGUUUGCCUGAAGCGCCCGAGCUUUGGGAAAAGGCCCCAUGCUGCAAACACCAGUUACAGACUCAAAGAAAUAGUUCCAUUUGUGGGAGGAGUUUCCCUUUACCGCAACGCAGAGUCACUAAAAACAAUGUGACUGCGAGCAGGAGCUGCUCUAGCGGCGCUUUCGUGAAUAUCUUUCUCCGCCGACGAGCCGUCGCUGACACAAACUUAAAGUGAGAGAGGCCGACGCCAUUGGCGCCGGAGCGGACGUUUCUUAAGGCUGAACCUGGCUGUGACGCAGAGCAGCGGCAGCGCCUUUUCAGACCUGAAUAAACAGUACAGUGUGUACGUGGUGCUCGCCGGACGGAAGGAGCAGUAGCAGCUGAUGUACUGUAUUCUAGGAGUACUGUAUCUGCGUAGGGGCGUCGAUGCUGCAGGACACACUUGUAAAGCGAAGGGUGGAUCAUGCGAUUGUUCAUUUCCUCGUGUGUCUCACUCCUCGGCCACACUUUCUUUACUCCUUGUAGUUCCAUUAGCCUACUGGGUGUCCUGGUACAGUAGCAGAGUCCUCCUCCUCCGAAGCCUGUCACAUUGAAGGCUCUGUGUAGAACUCAGGCUCUUCUAGGAAUCAGCCUGACUCAGAUAUUUAUCCAUAUUUAUUUAUGUUCACGCACUGUAAGACAAACCUAUUAAAGUGGGAGUUAGGAAGGUUUAUUUAUCUUUAUAAUAUUUAAAAUGUUAAGCAGCUGUUUCCUCGUUUUGUUGAUUUAUUACUGAACUUCUACAUGAACCUAUGGGAGGACGUUUACUGUCGCCACACAGUAUCUGUGUAUUCUUCAGCGCUGGGUUUGUCGCAUCCUGUGCAUUUCCGUGUCCGUGCUGCAGGACGGACACAGUAUUAACGAAUGUCGCGGACGUCAUUCCACGUUUACCUUCCGUUGCUGUUGACAUCAUGCUCGGCGGCUGCACUUUUUCCACUUGACUCCCGUGUCUGACGUGUCUGUACAGUGAUCUGCCCCUUGCCUUCCUGCACUGCUGUGUCGGUGCAGGAGAGCAGCCGCUGACUGUAUCGGGGCAUUAGCUGAUUCCUACUGGUCACAAUAGAAGCUACAGACAUUUUAACUGGAAUAUUGUAAGUGGUUUGUAUUUGGUACUAAAUGGGUUUUCGUUCUGCCUCCUUGUAUUCUCCUCCCUGAAGCUGUUUCGUCAGUAAAGUAAUUUCCUCCUUACUUGCACAUGUUAAUGUAUCUUAUAAGAACAGGUGCAUCACACACAAAACACUCACACACUCUCACAGCACCAAUGGAACUGGACCUCGUUGCCGACCCCCCACCCCGCUACUGUGACCAUUAUGUUUAAAUGUUCAAUACUGUACAUAUGUAUUUGAAAAUGCUAAAUCUAUUUUUAUAAUUUGUUUGAAGAACAAUGUGUCGAAAAUAAUAUCUGCUCACUGUGUAAAGGUUUUUUUGUUGGGUUUCAUUUAGGGCCAUAGCCAAGAAACAAGUGUUUGGAAUAUAAAACGGAAAAAAAAACUUUUGUUUUUGAGGAUUUUUACCUGUUAGAAGAAAAUCUAUUGGCUGUUGCAAUAUUAAAAUGUGUUAUUAAAAAAUCUCCAAUACAAGAAAA